AUGGGAAAUUCUUACGCUGGUCAGCUCAAGACAACACGGUUUGAAGAAGUGCUGCAUAAUUCUAUUGAGGCCUCUCUCCGCUCAAACAACUUAGUUCCCAGACCAAUCUUUUCUCAGUUGUAUUUGGAAGCUGAACAGCAACUGUCAUCACUGGAAGCAGGCAGCAGAGCAGAUAAUGAGGAAGAAGAAGAAGAAGAGGAAGAUGAAGAAGGUUCAGAAUCAAGUAGUCCUCCUGUUUCUUACCAGAUGAAACCUCCCCCAGAAGGAUGUUGCACUACUGAUGGUUUCUGCCAGGCUGGUAAAGAUUUGAGACUGGUUUCAAUUUCCAAUGAACAUAUUGAGGUGCCUUCUGGGUUUUUACUUGUUGGUGCAAAGUCACCAAAUUUACCUGAUCACCUUUUAGUGUGCGCUGUGGAUAAAAGGUUCCUGCCAGAUGACAAUGGGCACAAUGCCCUGUUGGAGUUCAGAGGCCGGCAAUCUUCAAUCAGUACCUGCUCAAGCACCUUGUUCCAGCUCCCAGAAAGUUCAGGUCUCUCAGGAAGCACCUCCAGUGAGCUGCUCCCAGCUGCAAACCCCAGUGCUCCAGCUGGGACUCAGCAAACAGCUGCAACCAUAGAUCACAUCCCUUCAACAGCAGUGUUCAGCUCAGCAGUUUAUAAUGGCAAGGAAUCACCUAAACAACAGUUGAUGAAGAAUAACCUGUCUGCUCUCACAAGACCUUCAGUGUUAGGCACAUUAACAAAUUCAGGGCCUCCAAAGAAGCGCCAUAAAGGUUGGUCACCAGAAUCUCCAUCGUCUACUGAAACCUGGAACUUGCAGCUCAAUCCACAGGCUCCAAACAGAAUUAAAAAUGAUGGAGGAAGCCUGUCAUCUUUACCACAUUCUGCUUUGAUGGGGCCAGCCUCCUCUCCGAUGGUGGGCUCGGGAGAACCGGUGUCAGUUCCUGACAACUUGCUGAAAAUCUGUAAAGCAAAGCCAGUUAUUUUUAAAGGUCAUGGAAAUUUCCCAUAUCUUUGUGGGAACAUUAAUGAUGUGAUAGUGAGUCCCUUGUUGUACACCUGUUACAGAAAUUCACAGUCUUUAUCUAGAGCAUAUGAACAAUAUGGCACCUCCACAAUACAGCCUAUCUCUGAGGAAAUGCAGCUCUUACUGACUGUCUACUACCUUGUUCAACUAGCCUCAGACCAGGUCCCUUUGAUUGAGGAUCUGGAACAAAUAUUCAUGCGUUCAUGGCGGGAAUCACACCUGCCGGAAAUCCGUCAUUACCAACAGGCUGUUCCACAGACCUUUCCCCAAGUGCCCAGCCAGAUUGCCCCAGUGACUUCAGCCCAGCUUCCCUGGCUGGCAGGCCUGGCAGCCAGCUCCUGUAACGACAGUGUCCAUAUCAUCGAGUGCAGCUACUCUCUAGCUGAGGGUCUUUCAGAAAUGUUUAAGCUACUCAUUGAAGGAAAAUUAAUAAAGACAAACUAUGUGGUGAUCAUAUGUGCCAGUAGAAAUCGAGCCAUUGAUUCCUGCAUUGUGAUAACAGGAAAGUAUCAGGCAAGAGUUCUGUCUGAGAGCAUGCUCAGUCCUUCAGACUACCAAAAAGAAGUUAGUUAUCAGCUGGUCACAGGGAAGGUGGAAACUCUGGGGUCCUUCUUUAGCACACUCUGCCCAGAGGGUGACAUUGAUCUUUUACUGGAGAAAUUUUAUCAGGAAAACCAAGGGCACAUCUCUUCAUCGCUUUCUGCUUCAGUGAAUAAACCUACCGCAGUGAACGGAACUGGAACAGCUGUGUGUACGAGUUAUGAGAUUGAACGACAUCAAAUUCGUCCAUUCCAGCUAGCAGUGGCUCAGAAAUUGCUGUCUCAUAUUUGCUCAAUUGCUGACUCCAGCACUCAAAAUCUUGAUUUGGGUUCCUUCGAGAAAAUUGAUUUCUUGAUUUGUGUUCCACCCUCCGAAGUGACUUAUCAGCAGACUUUGUUUCAUCUCUGGCACUCAGGUAUUUUAUUAGAACUUGGAUUAGAAAAGGAACAUCUUACAAAGCAGAGAGUGGAACAGUAUGUUAUGAAACUAGAUGCAGAAGCUCAAAUUAAAUUCAAAGUCUUUUUACAAAACUCUAUGCAGAAUCCACAUACACUGUUUGUCCUAAUCCAUGAUCAUGCACACUGGGAUCUAAUGAGUGCUAUGCAUAGCCUUUAUCCUCAAACAGAACUGUCUACAGGACUUGUUGAUAGACUGUUGAACUGCAGGGAGGUGAAAGAGGCACCAAAUAUUGUGACCCUCCAUGUGACUUCCUUCCCCUAUGCGCUGCAGACACAGCAUACUCAUAUCAGCCCUUACAAUGAGAUCCACUGGCCUUCUUCGUACAGCAAUGGUGUAGAUUUAUACCAUGAAAACAAGAAAUACUUUGGACUGUCCGAAUUCAUUGAGUCCACCCUCUCUGGGCACAGUAUUCCACUACUUCGGUAUGACAGCUCUUUUGAAGCAAUGGUCAUGGCUUUGGGAAAGAGGUUCCCCAGGUUACACAGUGCAGUGAUAAGGACGUUUGUCCUCAUCCAACACUACUCUGCAGCAAUGAUGGCAGUGUGUGGUCUUUCUCAGAUGAAGAAUUACACCUCAGUUGAAACUCUGGAAAUCACCCAAAAUCUAAUAAACUCUUCAAGACAAUGUCCUAGUGGCCAUGGCCUUAUGGUAGUGUUGAGAAUUCCAUGUACUCCGCUGGCUGCAGUGGCAUAUGAACGUCUGUAUAAUGUAAGGGAAAGACUAGCCCUUGAAGAUAACUUUGAAAUAAUCUUGGGAAAUCCUAAUUCUGGAAUCACAAUAGGGAAGCACUUUGUGGAACAACUAAAGGCCUGGCAGAAAAUUGAGGAUGUAGAUUGGAGGCCACAGACCUAUUUGGAAUUGGAAGGUUUGCCCUGUAUAUUGAUAUUUAGUGGGAUGGAUCCACAAGGGGAGUCAUUGCCUCGAUCAUUGAGAUACUGUGACCUACGUUUAAUAAAUUCAUCUUCUCUGGUAAGGACAACCUUGGAGCAAGAACUUGGUUUGGCAGCAUACUUUGUGAGCUCAGAAAUUCACACAGAGAAAGCAGUUGUGAAUGAUGUGUUAGAAAGUGACCCAGAGAAACUAAGCAGCACUGAUAAUGAAGAUGAAGAAAUAGCGACAGAAGGUUCUACUUCAGAAAAGAGAAGUCCUAUGAAAAGAGAAAGAUCUUGUUCCCAUGACUCUGCGUCUUCAUCUCUCUCUUCAAAAGCUUCCAUUACAGCAUUCUGCACUGAGUCAUCUCCUCCCCAAGUGCUAAGCAACAACACUGAAGAAAUGACAAAUAACUAUGAAAAGCAGAAGCAGAAAGUAGACAGGGGGGCACAAACAACAAUCAGCAAACACUUACCACCUGUAACUGAACAGCUGGAUACAAAACAAAACAUAAAAAGUGCCCAAAUCUCCAUCACCUCGUCAUCUUCCUCACCUUUCUCCUCCUCUUCUUCCUCCUCUGCACCUACUCAUAACUCCUUCAUCCUACAGACCUCUCAAUGCUCCAUGACCAAAGCAUCAAAACAACCUCCCAUAGUUUUCCUGCCCAAACUGGUUUAUGACAUUAUUACUUCUACAGACAGCAGUGGACUUCCCAAAUCCUCUUCUCUCUUGCCUUAUCAUUCUGUUAUGUGGGCAAGUUCUUUUCGUCCUCUUAUGAGUAAGAUGAUGACUUGCACGGAGCAGUCUCUAUACUACCGCCAAUGGACGGUUCCAAAGCCAAUCCAUAUGGACUACAACAAUAGGAAUGAGGGCAGAAUGGACACCUUUCACCCAAGGAGGCUGCUGCUGAGUGGGCCACCACAGAUAGGGAAAACAGGUGCCUAUCUGCAGUUCCUCAGUAUUUUGUCCCGAAUGCUGAUUAGACUGACAGAAGUGGAUGUUUAUGAUGAGGAAGAAAUCAACAUUAACAUAAAAGAAGAAUCUGAUCAAUACUACUAUCAGCCUGGAGAUACAUGGCCAGAUUUGGAGAUGUUUAAGAAGAUGCCUUUCGACUACACUAUCCAUGACCCGAAAUACGAAGAUGCAAGUCUGAUUUGUUCAAAGCUUCAGACUCUAAACAAUGAAGACAGAUCACUGAGCAGGAGACAGGAGGAUAUGUAUACGUGCCGUCAAACAACUAGGAUGAGACUGUCCAAGUAUGCAGCAUAUAACACCUACCAUCACUGUGAACAGUGUCAUCAGUAUAUGGGUUUCAACCCCAGGUACCAGCUUUAUGAGUCCACUCUGCAUGCAUUUGCCUUUUCCUAUUCUAUGCUGGGAGAAGAGAUCCAGCUGCAUUUUAUCAUUCCAAAAUCCAAGGAGCAUCAUUUUGUCUUUAGUCAACCAGGAAGACAACUAGAAAGCAUGAGGCUACCACUAGUCACAGAUAAGAGUGAAGAUUACAUUAAAAGCCCCACUUUCACUCCCACCACUGGUCGCCAUGAACAUGGACUUUUCAAUUUAUAUCAUGCAAUGGAUGGAGCCAGUCAUCUGCAUGUUUUAGUUGUCAAGGAAUAUGAAAUGGCCAUAUAUAAGAAGUAUUGGCCCAAUCACAUUAUGCUUGUUCUUCCAAGCAUUUUCAACAGUGCAGGAGUUGGUGCUGCACACUUCCUGAUAAAAGAGUUGUCUUAUCAUAACCUGGAGCUUGAACGAAAUCGGCAGGAGGAGCUGGGGAUAAAACCCCAGGAUAUUUGGCCUUUCAUUGUCAUUUCAGAUGACUCCUGUGUUAUGUGGAAUGCAGUAGAGGUUGACUGUUCAGGAGACAGGAAAAGUGACUAUACGUGGACUGAAAGAAAUGUUUCCUUGAAGCAAAUUCUGCAACAUAUUGAAGCAACUCCCAAUGUCACUCAUUAUGCCUUGAUUGGGAUGAGGAAAUGGUCCAGUAAAACAAACAGUGCUGAGAUGAAGGAACCAUUCUCCUGCUGUCAUGUGCAUGACUUCAUUAUGCUGAAUGUGGAUCUGACACAGAAUGUCCAGUACAAUCAGAACAGAUUUACGUGUGAUGAUGUUGACUUCAACUUGCGUGUCCACAGUGCUGGCCUUCUCAUCUGUCGGUUCAAUCACUUCAAUGUCAUGAAAAAGCAAAUUGCAGUAGGAGGACAACGAUCCUUCCACAUUAAGUCUAAGGUAUCUGACACUUCAGUUUCAAUCUCCCCUGCGCAGUACAUUUGUGCUCCUGACAGCAAGCACACCUUCCUAGCAGCACCUGCACAGUUGCUCCUUGAAAAGUAUCUCCAGUAUCACAGCCAUCGCUUCUUCCCGCUCUCACUGAAGAAUUAUAGGCAUCCAGUGCUAUCUGUGGACUGUUACCUUAACUUAGGACCACAGAUUGCAGUUUGCUACGUGAGUUCUCGCCCUCAUUCUCUGAAUAUCAGUUCCUCUGGUUUGACGUUCAGUGGUCUCCUGCUGUACCUCUGUGACUCCUUUGUUGUAGCUAGCUUUUUGAAGAAGUUUCAUUUUCUAAAAGGUGCCACCCUAUGUGUGAUUUGCCAAGAUCGCAAUUCUCUUCGCCAGACUGUUGUCCGGCUAGAACUGGAAGACGAAUGGCAGUUCCGACUGCGAGAUGAAUUCCAGACUGCCAAUGCAAAAGAGGACAGACCACUUUUCUUCCUGACUGGGCGACAUAUUUAAUUGAAUAGAGACAAGUUUCCUGAAUGAUACAAGAGACUAAUUGCCACCAUGUCAUGAAAUUUCUUCUGAGAGGCUCUGUUUUCUGAACAGAAACAGGACUGUUUUCCAUUGUUUAUUA